AUGGCCGCCAACCACGCCCCUAACGGGCCGCUGCGCUUCCCCUCGGACGUGCAGGAGCUGCGCGAGGCGGCCGAGGCGCUGCGGCAGUACGAGCGGGAGCACGGCGGCGCCGCGCUGCUGCUCUUCUGCGCCGCUUACCUCUACAAGCAGAGCUUCGCCAUCCCCGGCUCCAGCCUCCUGAACGUGCUGGCCGGGGCCCUCUUCGGGCCCUGGCUGGGCCUGGCGCUCUGCUCGGCGCUCGCCGCCGCCGGAGCCACCCUGUGCUACCUGCUCUCCGGGGCCUUCGGGAAGGGGCUGCUGGAGCACUACUGCCCGCGGCAGGUGGCCGCGCUGCAGGGCAAGGUGGAGGAGAACAGGAGCUGCUUGUUCUUCUUCCUGCUCUUCCUCAGGCUCUUCCCCAUGACGCCAAACUGGUUCCUGAACCUCUCRGCGCCCAUCCUGAACAUCCCCGUGGGGCAGUUCUUCUUCUCCGUCCUCCUUGGUCUUACGCCCUAUAACUUCAUCUGCGUGCAGACGGGGGCCAUGCUCUCGCAGAUCAGCUCGCUGGAUGCCCUUUUCUCCUGGGACACGCUGCUCAAGCUGYUCGCCAUGGCGCUGGCUGCGCUCGUGCCGGGGACCCUCAUCAAACRUUAUGGCAAGAAGCACUUGAAACUGGAGGCGGACGAGCCCGCUCCGUUGCUCAAUGGCAAGAAGAGCACGUGAAGGCUGCGGGGGAGCAGGCGCCAGGGGCUGCAGCCUCUGCUUGUGGGGACCUCGCACGGGCUGCCCUGCCCUGGACUCAGGCCACGCGCCGGGUUUAUACCUCUCRUCUAAGAGGAGGUGGAAGGAGGUUGUUUUUAAAUUGUAACUGUGCCUGUAUGUGCCCUGAGAGCUAUACAGGAGCUUUGCGAACAUUUUAGCUACGGUGCCUGUCUCUUUAUGUAAGGCUGCAUGUUCCUCAUGCUCAGCGGAGCUGCUACUCCACACAACAUUGCAAGCAAGGGAGGAAAAGCCAGAUCCCUUCGGGAAAGGUGAUUAGACACCUUAAGCCCUGGCCAUUGCCUCCCUCUUGCAGGCAGCAGCCYGCGCCUCUGCUGCUGCGCUGUGAGCGCCGGCACCACACGGGUGCAGAGCCCAGCCAGCCUCGCCGGGU